GUGCAUUUCAACACUGCCGUAUCCAGACUGGCACACGACAUUCCAACACAGCGCUAACAUUUAUAUCUAUCGUAUAACAAGUUAUUUUUGUUCAUUCCAUUAUUAUUAUUAUUAUUAUUAUUAUUAUUAUUUUAAGCCAAUUGAGAAUGGUAAAAAAAAUCACGCCAUUAGUGUGAAUGUUCUGAAUGGCAAGUUGUGCUUGGGGGGUUAAAACGAAUCUACCGUAUUGUCAUCCUGUAGGUUAGUCGGCGUUGCACAGUCGGAUUGUCUUAACUGAGAUGUCACGGGGAAGUCCGGGUCGAUGACAGUGUGCUGAGGAGCGGAAAAGCGACUGGAUCCCCUGUUCGCGCAUAAUGCGGGCACCCGCGAGUCUCCGUCUCUCCUGGGAGCGUAGGUAGGGGCUGGCAGUCACGGUUCUUUGGUAGCCAAAGAUAUUAGCGGCAGCUGCGCGCGGGAGCGAGAAGAGCGGUGUCGCGAGGCGCGUCGGCAAUCCAGUUUGUCUUUGCUGUAAACGGUGCGUUUUAAGCGCGCCAAAGGAAGGGAGCAAAUAAGAAAGACAGAUAAAAAAGAGAGAAACAAAUCGCGAGCAAAACCUAUGGUUGGAAUUUGGGUUCUUUCUUCUUUGCCAAUGCAAAAGGAAAUAUGCAGCGAAGCUUCACCUUGCUCUGCACCAGUUUUCUGGGGCUAUGUUUAGGUUCAAGUUUCCCAACUAAUAUAAAUAUUGGGGGAUUGUUCCCUACCGACUCCCACGAAUAUGAGGUCUUUAGGUUCGCUCUUUCGCACCAUCAGGAUAUCCCAAAACUGGUGCCCCAAGUGGAUAUGGUCGAAAUCGGGAGCAGCUUUGCAAUGACGUAUGCUUUUUGCUCGCAGUUCUCCAAAGGAGUCUACGCCAUAAUCGGACUGUACGACAAGACGACGGUGAACAUGCUGAUGUCUUUCUGCGGCGCUCUGCACGUCUGCUUCGUCACGCCCAGCUUCCCCAUCGAAACGUCCAAUCAGUUCGUGAUCCAGCUCCGGCCCGACCUGCAGGAUGCGCUGGUCAGCGUCAUUGAGCACUACAAGUGGACCAAGUUUGUGUACAUGUACAGCACUGACUCUGGACUGACGGUGAUGCAGCGGGUUCUGGACGCGGCGGCGGAGAAGAGCUGGCUGGUUACCUCCGUGAACCUGGAGACGCUGACGGAGGUGGCGCUCCUCAAGUUCUUCCAGGAGCUGGACAAGAAGAAGGAGGGAAAAAUCAUCAUCGACUGUGAGCUCGAGAGGCUCACCACCAUCCUCAAAUCGAUUGCGUCCCAGGGGAGGAAUCUGAAAAGCAAUCAUUACAUUCUAGCAAACCUGGGUUUUUUGGACAUCGACCUGACGGAGUUUAAAAAAGGCGGAGCCAACGUGACGGGCUUCCAGCUGAUGAACUACUCGGAUCCUGCGGUGAGCCGGUCCAUACAGGAGUGGCUGGAUUUUGACAGCAAAGACCUCAAAAUCCCCAAGAAGCGGCUGAAGUACACCGGGGCCCUCACAUACGACGGCGUGAGUGUGAUGGCGGCCGCCUUUCAGAACCUCCGCAAACAGCGGAUCGAUAUUUCCCGACGAGGGAACGCCGGCGACUGCCUGGCCAACCCCCCGGCCCCAUGGGGUCAGGGAAUCGACAUCCAGAGAGCCCUGCAGCAGGUUCAGCUGGAGGGCCUGACUGGACACAUCCAGUUUGAUGAGAAGGGGCGACGGACCAACUACACAGUCUCCGUGAUGGAAUUAGGGCUGAAGGGACCCAGAAAGGCAGGCUACUGGAACGAAGCGGAGAAGUUUGUGAGAACCGCGCCGUACCCUCACAGCGCUAACGAUACCUUUGGGCUGCAGAACCGAACCUACAUAGUCACCACCAUUCUGGAAUCUCCAUACGUGAUGCUGAAGAAAAAUCACGAUCAACUGACUGGAAACGACAAGUAUGAGGGCUACUGUGUGGAGCUGGCUGCGGAGAUCGCCAAACACGUGGGGUACAACUACACGCUGGAGAUUGUGUCCGACGGGAAGUACGGAUCCCGGGACACCGAGUCUAAGAUGUGGAACGGCAUGGUGGGGGAGCUGGUCUAUGGUAAGGCAGACGUUGCCGUGGCACCCCUGACCAUUACCCUGGUGAGGGAGGAGGUGAUCGACUUCUCCAAGCCCUUCAUGAGCCUGGGCAUCUCCAUCAUGAUCAAGAAGCCCCAGAAGUCCAAGCCGGGCGUGUUCUCCUUCCUGGACCCGCUGGCCUACGAGAUCUGGAUGUGCAUUGUGUUCGCCUACAUCGGCGUGAGCGUGGUGCUCUUCCUGGUCAGCCGCUUCAGCCCCUACGAGUGGCAGGGGGAGGACCCAGAGGACGGCCCCGACCAGAACCAGAACCAGAGCCAGAACCAGGGCCAGUCGCAGGGCCAGCAGGGCCAGAACCAGCAGUCCUCCAGCCAGCAGGGCCAGCCUCAGUCCCCGACCCAACAGGACCAGCAGCAGAACUCGGGCCAGAACCAGAACCAGCAGCAGCCGCAGGCCCCGGAGCACACCAACGAGUUUGGGAUUUUUAACAGCCUCUGGUUCUCGCUUGGAGCCUUCAUGCAGCAAGGGUGCGACAUUUCGCCAAGGUCUCUUUCUGGGCGCAUCGUGGGAGGGGUUUGGUGGUUCUUCACCCUCAUCAUCAUCUCCUCGUACACGGCCAACCUGGCAGCCUUCCUCACGGUGGAGAGGAUGGUGUCACCCAUCGAGAGCGCCGACGACCUGGCCAAGCAGACCGAGAUCGCCUACGGGACCCUGGACGGGGGCUCCACCAAGGACUUCUUCAGGAGGUCAAAGAUCGCUGUUUUCGAGAAGAUGUGGUCGUACAUGAAGUCUGCCGACCCGUCGGUCUUCGUGAAGACGACGGACGAGGGCGUGGCGAGAGUGAGGAGGUCAAAGGGGAAGUACGCCUACCUGCUGGAGUCCACCAUGAACGAGUACAUCGAGCAGCGGAAACCGUGCGACACCAUGAAAGUGGGGGGCAACCUCGACUCCAAGGGCUACGGAGUGGCCACGCCCAAGGGUUCGGCGCUAAGAAUCCCAGUAAAUCUAGCGGUGUUGAAGCUCAAUGAGCAAGCCAUCUUAGACAAACUGAAAAACAAAUGGUGGUACGAUAAGGGGGAGUGUGGAAGCAAGGACUCCGCAAGAAAGGACAAAACCAGCGCUCUGAGCCUCAGCAAUGUGGCUGGAGUCUUCUACAUCCUGAUUGGAGGGCUGGGCCUGGCCAUGCUCGUGGCCCUGGUCGAGUUCUGCUACAAGUCCAGAACCGAGUCCAUGAGAAUGAAGCAAAUCAUCAACGAGGCAAUGACGAGCUCCACCCUGAACCGGGCGAGCGGGAACGGGGCCGGGGGGGAGAACGGGCGCGUGGUGGCGCACGACUUCCCCAAAGCGGCGCAGACUCUGCCGUGCAUGAGCCACGCGGGCGACAUGGGCCUGGGCGCGUCCGGGAUGUGACGCGUCCGUACGCCGUGACCGCGGCAACCACGCCAUACGUCCACGCCAGCGACAGGCGACGCAAAGGACAACAGCGGAAGAAGGGUUGCACUGCGGCUAUCUGCACGUCCAUCAAGACCUACUGCCAAAAUGGACUCUUGGAACUACGAUAGACUAUGAACUAUUGCUACUGAUAAAUAAAUAAAAAAGACAAAAAAACCCACUUUUUUAAAGAAAAAUUGUUUGUUUAAAAAUGAUCGUCCGCUGCAAUAAGGAACCCGUCCCGUCAGAACUUUAAGAAGUGUACAUUUUGUGUCAAGAAAUGGGAAGACUGCCCCCUCCCCCCCCAAAAAAAAUGCGACACUUUCUUCUCUGUGCCUGUUCUUUAGUCCUGUUUACUUUUUCUCCACAUGUGAUAUUUGGAUAAUUAUCAGUGUUGAACUGUUGUUUGCCAAUAUUCCUUUUUCCUUAAUUCCGCAUCACAUGACAAGUGUAUUAAAAGCCUGUUUUUUUCCUCCUAAUGCCUCCUAUCACAGACGUGCUGUUUAUGCAGUAAAAUGUAUGUCUUUGUGUGACAGAAGUGCUGGUGGUGUUGGAUGAGCACAGUGCACUGCAGUGGAUUAUCUAUUCCUAAACUCAACUACUCAGUCAAUAAGGUUUUUGUGCGAUUUCUCCCCCCUCAAAUGGAAUAUGUCCAAGUGUAUGUGCACCCUAUUGACCAAAUGAAUCAAAAUUUGAUUCAGCCUACAUAACCAUUCCUUGCAUUUAAUUAUGAGUUAAUAUAAAGUUAAAUAUAAAUUGCAAUCAGGGCAUAAUUUUCUGAGCAGAAAGAAACUAUAUAUAUAUAUCAUUUUCUCUUUUGGCUGGUGCUGCAGCAUUAGGUUUUGUAGGUAUUGUGGAUGUUGUUUGAGAGCUGGGUAUACUAGAUCACCAAGAAAGGGGUGUUCAUUUUCCACAAGAUUACAGUUAGUCCUUAUUCCGCAGUCAGGUUGAACUCAGUCACGGGAAAAGAAUUAACCAGCGUAGCUGUUUUCCAUAUCUUUCAAACACAGCUGGCCGGAAAUGUCUUUUAUUUCCUUUGUAAGACAACAUAAGCUUAUACCCAGCUCGAGAGGGACAAGCAGUCUAAUGCACUUCAGGAAUAUUUGCCGUGGCUGCAGAAGUAUUCCUGGGCUUGAUUUAUGGGAUUACUUGGAAGUGUGCAGCAUUUGUAGAACAGUGACAACGUACUUCUUUGUUUAGUUUCCAUGCAAACCAACAAGGCUUGGCUGUGUGUUUGUGCGUAUGUACGUAUGUAUGUAUAGACAUAAAAAUUGUAAAUAACAAAGUUAGCUGUCAUUUCAUCCUUUACAAAGAUGGAGCCUGUUGAUGGUGAAAGAAAGACCUGCCACAUUAAAUUAUGCAUAGGAGAGGAGGAGAGAUUGGACCAAAAGACAAAAAUAUUGCGCAACCCAGUGAGCGUUGCUAGAGUGGCCUGAGGAAACACAAAAAAUGUCCUACAGUGCACUGUGCUGAGAUCCACAUUCUUACUAAACAAUCGCCUCAAAGUACAGAGAUUUUAGCAUGUUGACCAUCAGUUUUAUUUAACUUUUUUUUUUUUUUUGCUCCGGGUAUUAUAUUUUGACAGUCAAGUCCAUUUUUUUAUGUUUACAGCAGCCAAUCAGUGAGUCGCAUGUCACCGUCUUGUUCAGCACUUGUGGGCACAGCAUUAGCCCUUUAAGGUGUAAGAUCACAAAUAUGUGAUUGUAAUGUUCUUAGCUGAACAUUCUAAUGCUGAUGUAACAGUCACUACUGGUAAUUGAAAGCAAUGGAGUUCUAGAACACUAAUUUUUAGAAAAUUAGAAAAAAAAGAUUUUAGAAAAAAAAGCAUUCAAAAAAAAAACCUACACUUCAGUGGGUUAACAAGGUUGGGUAGGACAGCUGACUGCAUGAGUACCCUGAAUACACACUCAUGUAACCAUGCAAAGCCUUUCAAAUAGCACUACUAUCACACUCAUCUGUGAGAGUUUAUUCAUUCCCUCUGUAUUUAAAAAGAACUGGAAAGAUUAAUAAUGGUUUUAAAUAUCAUUUACUUGUGAUUUUGACUAUGUGAGUUUAACAUAUUAAUCAGUUUAUUAAGCAACUAAUGCUUCGUUGUCAGCUAUUUUUAAAUAAAAUUGAAUGUGAAAUUUUAAAUAUGUAAUGCAGUUGCUGUUACCUUGAGAAAAAGGAAGUAGAACAAAAUCAUAAAUAUCCAAGGACAUAACAUUUGCAAGCAUCUCAUUGGUUGCUUCUGGUUGGAUAGAUACCAGCCCCUCAAGUGGAGUUCAGGUGGACAUUUUGGUGCUACGUUAGAUUCAGAGAGAAACAUUUUUGCAUAAGGGCAGUGCAACUAGUAACAGCAUCACUUGCAAGCAAAUGGUCGACAGCCAUAUUACGCAGCAUGUCUCUGGAACACACACACACACACAAACAGCUGCAUUUUGUGUAGGAAAUGAUGUGUGCUCUGAUAUGUUUGAUUCAGUUUCCUGAUAUGUUUGAUUCCAAACCAGUAGUUAUAAUCCAAGGUUUGGUACUGAUAAAAUUCAACUUUUAUUUAUUGCAUCUUUUGGAAAAUACAUUUUGCAGCGUGCAGCUAAUUACUGCUAUUUUCUGACUUCAAGAUGUGUGCAUUCUUUUGCCAAUGGAGAUGUACACUCUGCUCACUGAUACUGAUUGGCUAGCAGAGAAGGCUCAUGUUCAUUGUUAUUUAUUUGUUUGUUUAGUUCAUUUAUUUAUCGUUUCUAUCACCGCAUUUUGCGAUUGCUAUGGCACAGCACAACAAAGAUAGCACUUCAUAAAGAAAGACAUUCUGCUUGAGUUUGAAAGACAUUUUUAUACAUAGUUAUAUUUGUAAAAAGACAUUAAAAAUUUGUAUUGUAUGGAGAACAUGUGAAUGUUGGUGUUGUACACAUGGAACAAUUUGGUUAAAUGGUGUUGAGUAAGUAGACAGGAUUAUUGACUUUCCAGUUUAGUUUAACAUAAGUUUAGUCUUGUUGAUUUUGUGGAAUUUCUAUGGGAAAUUUCAAGAAGAAUUAUCAUUUUUGAGAACUUUCAGUCUAACACUAAGUCACCUGUUUGUUUACAUACGAAAAAGGUAAAUGACUUAUGACCUACCUUGUGUUCAUUUCAGCUUCAUAAUAAUGUUCUUUUUUUACCAUGACAGCAAGAUGUGACUUGAAUUAUUACCAAUGGAAAAGAUUAUGUUAAUAAAUAUGGUUCAUAAAUGAAUUAAACUUUUUUAACCAAAUACAA